UCAGAUCGUCAAGUACAGUCCAGAUUGCAUCAUAAUUGUGGUUUCCAACCCAGUGGACAUUCUUACAUAUGUUACCUGGAAACUGAGUGGAUUACCCAAACACCGUGUGAUUGGAAGUGGAUGUAAUCUGGAUUCCGCAAGAUUUCGCUACCUUAUGGCUGAAAAACUUGGCAUUCAUCCCAGCAGCUGCCAUGGAUGGAUUUUGGGGGAACAUGGCGACUCAAGUGUGGCUGUGUGGAGUGGUGUGAAUGUGGCAGGUGUUUCUCUUUAGGAAUUGAAUCCAGAAAUGGGAACUGACAAUGACAGUGAAAAUUGGAAGGAAGUGCAUAAGAUGGUGGUUGAAAGUGCCUAUGAAGUCAUCAAGCUAAAAGGAUAUACCAACUGGGCUACUGGAUUAACUGUGGCUGAUGUUAUUGAAUCCACGUUGAAAAAUCUAUCCAGGAUUCAUCCCGUGUCAACAAUGGUAAAGGGGAUGUAUGGCAUCGAGAAUGAAGUCUUCCUGAGCCUUCCGUGUAUCCUCAAUGCCCGGGGAUUAACCAGCGUUAUCAACCAGAAGCUCAAGGAUGCUGAGGUUGCUCAGCUCAAGAAAAGUGCAGAUACCCUGUGGGACAUCCAGAAGGACCUAAAAGACCUGUGACUACUGAGCCCUAGGCUGUAGAAGUUUAAAAACUAUAAUGUGAUUAACUCUGAGCCUUUAGUUUUCAUCCAUGUACAUGAAUCACAGUUUGCUCUGAUGUUCUUCAAUAUGUGAAUUUGGGCUCACAGAAUUAAAGCCUAUGCUUGGUUUAAUGCUUGCAAUACGAGUUCUUGAACAAAUAAAAUUAACUAUUGUAGU